UUAAAUAUUAUAAUGGCAGUUCUGUAAUUUCUCUUCCAUUCCGUUCAUAUUUCUCCACCCGUUGCGCUACCGGCCCACCGCUAUCUGACCGGCGCCGCCUUCUCUAUCUCUCCCGAAUCGUACGGAAUGAAGUUUAAAUCUCAUCAGAAACCAGUUCAAUUAGGUUUAAAAUCCCCUCAGAAACCAAAUCAGUUGAAUAGCAAGAGAUGUUGGAUCGGAAACGGCCUCGUAUCGACUCCGACGAGGAUACAAUCCAUCGUUUUGGGCCUAACUCCUUUAAAUUGCAAAGUUUACCUGUACCCAAACCUGGGCAAAUUCUGGGCCUCGUUGGGAACAAUGGCAUUGGAAAAUCUGCUACACUUAAACUUUUGUCUGGGAAGGCUAAACCCAACUUUGGACGCUUUAAUAAUCCCCCUGAUUGGAAAGAAAUAUUGGCUUAUUGUGGUGAUUCUGAGCUGCGAAAAUACUUCAUCCGUAUUCUUCUAGAUAAUUUGGAGGCAAUCUGCAAGCCCCAGUAUGUCGAUCACCUCUCUAAAUUUGUUCGUGGAAACGUUGGGCAACUUUUUUCCCUGGCAGAUAAAGCGAUAGAUAUGAAACAAAAAGUUGUUGCUGACCUUGAGUUGAUUCAGGUUAUGGACCGUAAUGUGGAAGAUUUAUCUGGUGGAGAGCUUCAGAGGUUUGCAAUAGCUUCUGCUGCUCUACAGAAUGCAGAUAUCUAUCUGUUUGAUGAGCCAUCAAGUUAUCUUGAUGUUAAACAAAGACUUAAAGCUGCUCAAAUAAUCAGAUCCUUGGUUCGACCUAAUAACUAUGUGAUCGUGGUAGAGCAUGAUCUUAGUGUGCUUGAUUAUUUGUCAGACUUCAUAUGCUGCCUUUAUGGGAAACCUGGUAAAUAUGGGGCAGUUACUCUUCCAUUCUCUGUAAGAGAGGGAAUUAAUAUUUUCCUGGCUGGAUAUGUGCCAACUGAAAAUCUUUGGUUUAGACAUAAACCUCUUAGGGUUGCAGAGACUCCACAGGAAAGUACUAAGGAAAUUGAAACAUGUGCAAGAUACAAGUAUCCUACCAUGACAAUGACUUGCGGAAACUUCAGGCUCAGGGUUGUGGAGGGUGAAUUUACUGAUUCACAAAUUAUUGUGAUGCUCGGAGAAAAUGGGACUGGAAAGUCAACCUUCCUACAGAUGCUGGCUGGCUUUUUUAAGCCUGAUUCAGUAGAAGGAUCGGAUAUGGAAAGUCUUAACUUCAGUGUCUCUUACAAGCCACAGAGAAUUGGUAUCAAACUUGCCUUUGAAUGUAGCGUCAAAAUUUUGUUGCAUGCAAAAAUUCCUGAUUCAAUCAAGGAUGAUGAAUUCCUCUCCAAUGUGUAUGAGCCUUUGUCUAUACAAAGACUUAUGGAUAAAGAGCUUGGGGAUCUUUCUGCUGGAGAAAUGCAGAUGGUUGCUAUCACUCUUUGUUUGGGAAAGCCAGCUGAUGUAUAUUUGCUAGAUGAACCAAGUACAUAUCUUGACUCAGAGCAUUGUAUCGUUGCUUCAAAUGUCAUAAAGAAGUUUAUACAUGACAGGAAGAAGACUGCAUUAGUUGUUGAUCAUGAUUUCAUGAUGUCAACAUACCUUGCUGAUAGGGUGAUUGUGUACGAGGGAAAGCCAUCGAUUGAUUGUGUUGCCAAUUCACCACAAUCUGUGUUGACUGGAAUGAACCUCUUCUUAUCUCACCUGGAUAUCACACUCCGAAGGGACCGCACAAAUUUGCUGCCUAGAAUCAAUAAACACGAGUCGAUCGAGGAUCUGGAACAGAUGGCCGCCGGAUCCUACUAUUAUAUGGAUAACUAACUUGUAGCAAUAUGCUUCCUGGUUACCUCAUUCAUAUGCUUUAUCUGUUAAUAUUUGAAUGACUUUUUGAUUAAAUGGUUUGUAGUUAA